AAAAGAGGACUACGUCAUAGCUACUCUAGCCCGAUUGGUUCCGCUUGACUUGAGGGAGGAGAGCUUCCCUCUCGUUGUCACAAACAUUCGCGUUUUUUUUUAAACCCGAAAACUAUUUUACUUUUCAGACCAAGACACUUUUUGUCCCAACAACCAGAGACGAUCUCAGAAGCACACACGCUUUCGCAAAGCGAUGGAGAUCAACAUAUCUCUUCGUUCCAAGCUUUUCUCCAUCAUGGAGACGAUGGCCGAAUCCGCCAUGGCCGAGCUAUGCAAGGCGGUGGAUGAGGACACGGUGGAGCUGCGUUUGGAGUUGUCACGACUCAAGACGCUCAACUCGGCGCUGACAGAAAAGGUUGACACUCUGGAGUGUGAGCUGACGGCGGUCAGGAGCGACGCGAUCCGGAUUUCCCGGAGUCACCGUACCGUCGCCAUCCAGACAGAUGAUGACGUUAACGAGUCUGCGGUGUCUCCUGUCAUUGAGGGUGUCUUUGGACAGGACUGGUGCUUUAAUUUGUGGAAAGACAAAUUCCGUGCUGGUCCUAAGAUUGAUGCUCAGCAAGUAGAUGCUGAUAUGAUGACUUCAAUGGCUCUGGACUGUUUCUCUCCGGGCGAAGUGCAGGAUUUGGAGAAAGGUGCAGAGUUUUCUAGUUUUGAGUCUCUCUCAGAGGCCAUAGAAAGAUGGCAGAGGUCCAAUUUUGUGGAGCUUUACAAGCGUAGCUCCAGAACCGUAGAGAAUGCCAAAAAGCGGGCGAGGAAAAAAUCCUACAGUGACUAUUUAGUGUUCGCCGAGCUGGACUUUGCAUGCGCCCAUGGCAGCAAAGGCCCUGAUUUGAAACGUUGUCCAUUCACCAUCAAAGUGAGAGUUACACCUGAUGGAAGGAAGCUUUACAUAAAAGACAUCAGUCCUGCAAAUUGCCACAAUCAUGAACUCUCCCAGGUUGUGCUGACCGGGCCCGAAUCAGAGAAUUCCGAUGUGAUUCAAGUCAAAGUAGAAGAUUAUUUGGAGGGCACUGCUGGCAGCUUCUCCCAGGAAACACUCAGUCAAGAAACACACAACAGCGCACCCUGGACUUUCCAGGAAGUGCAGACCUUCCUCUGUAUCCUCGCGGAGGAGGAGGUGCAGCGGGAGCUUGUUGGCGCGGUUCGGAACAGGACGGUUUUCCAGCUGGUCUCGCAGCGGAUGGCCGCCGAGGGCUUCCGGCGGACGUGCGGCCAGUGCCAGAUGAAGUGUAAGAAGCUGCGCUGCGAGUACCGCAAAAUCAAAGAGCAGAACAGGCCCAAAUCGUGGAGGUGGUUCGAAUUGGUGGACGCCGUAUACGGUCGUAGGCCGGCGGUCAACAAGCAAGGCGUGGACACAGCAACUCUGCUGGAGGCCAUGAUGGAAUCCGUUGACGACGAAGAACUCUUCUCAGAGGAAGUCGAGCAAAUGCCAGCGUGGCCGAUGGACAUCUCAAUGGACGCAGUCAGUAAGAAUAUUUUUUCUGAGAACGAUGGGACCGGAGAACAAGCCAUUCAGUUGAGUGACAGUUCGCAGGACGGAUGUUUCGAAUAUGUUGUAGAAGACGGUCAGAGCAAAUUAACAGUGCAAACAAGCUCAAGCAGCGAUUUGAAAAAUUACAUUUGUCCACGAUGCAACAUUGUGUUCUACAACCCCAUCACCCUGAUGAUACACCAAAGAGCCCACCUGCCCUACUGGUGCGACGUGUGCAAAGAGCAAUUUGAGACCAAGGCCAAGUUGAAGCACCACAAGUGCGAAGUGGCCCCCAAUAAGUGCCGCCUGUGCGGGAAGAUUUGGGCCAGCCGGUCGGCCCUCAAGACCCACAUGGUGGUGCACACGGGGAAUAAACGUUUCGUGUGUCGCUUUUGCGGGCAGAGGUUCGCCCAGAAGGGCAGCAUGAGGACUCACCUCAUCCGAACGCACGUCGGCUGCGGCGAAUGCGGAAUGAAGUUCGAGGCCAAGACGCAACUCCUACGGCAUUUGCUGAAACACAAGAGGCGUACCAUUUAAUGGGGAUGGGGGCAGGGGGCACGUUAAAUGAACAUUUGCUUUACAUUUGUGUAGGUUU